AUGGAUUUUAUACCUGCCUCCGACAGCCUGUCCCUGCCAGAUCGUCUUCGAGCCACUGUAAGGGACAUACUGCAGGCUGGACCUCAGCUUGAUGCUGUGGCUGUGUGGAAGUGUCAGAGACGCUGCUACGCCUGGGUUGCCCUCCAGAGACGCUGCUAUGCCACAGAAGGUCUCCAGAGAUGCUGCUAUGCCGGGGAAGGCCUCCAGAGACGCUGCUACGCCGGGGUAGGCCUCCAGAGACGCUGCUACGCCAGAGAAGGCCUCCAGAGACGCUGCUACGCCAGGGAAGGCCUCCAGAGACGCUGCUACGCCGGGGAAGGCCUCCAGAGAUGCUGCUAUGCCAGGGAAGGCAGUUCUGCCUUUUUUCUCUUGCUUUCGUGUUUUUUGGAACCUAUCUCUCGUGUGACUCUGCGCUGUGAAGACCAGGCUCUCGAAUCCACAACCCGCUCAGAUUCUGCUCUGGCGACCGUCCCCUCAAACUCACUUGGUGGUACCAAGUUGGGCGUGAGUUCUCCCUUCCCGGAUUCACCCUGGUCACCCCCGGACUCUCCUGUUUCCUCCCGCUGUUCCUUCCGGAUCCCUGGACCCGCCGGCGCUGCUCGGACCCUGCCCAACCUCCGUUCACCGGUCACUCUGUCAUCUGCUCCUCAACCAUCAGCUGAGCCCAUCUCCCUCCCCCUGGUUUAGUUCCUAGAGCUCCAUGAUCCCGUGUUAUCUGCCCGAGUCGGUUCCUGCGUGUUUCCGGUUCUGAGACCCUUCCCGAAUCCAUUCGCUAAGAUCAAUAAAAACUGUUAAAACAGCU